UGGUCGGAGACUGCGCGACGACGAGCAGAGAAGCUCCCAUGGCGGAGGCAGCACCAGAGCAGCGGAGCCCCGCAACCCCCCGCCCAGUCCGAUGCAUCGUGAAGCUAGGCGGAGCGGCCAUCACGAACAAGGGGGAGCUGGAGAGCAUCGACGAGGGGAGCCUGCGGUCGGCGUGCGCGCAGCUGCGGCAGGCCAUGUCCGGCGACGCCACACCGGAGAAGGCCAUGGGGAUGGACUGGAGCAGGAGGCCCGGCGAUCCGGCCGACCCGGCCGUGGACACGGACGGGUUCAGGGAUAUGGCUGGGCUGGGGAUCGACACCAACUUCAUCGUCGUCCACGGUGCCGGUUCUUUUGGUCACUUCCAAGCAAGUAGAUCUGGAGUCCAUAAGGGAGGGUUGCAUACACCCCUGGUGAAGGCUGGCUUUGUGGCUACCAGAAUUUCUGUGACUUCUCUCAACCAAGAAGUCGUUAGAGCCUUGGCAAAAGGUACACUACAUGGAAAUGAAGACUACUGCACUUUAUGCUAAUAACUCAGCUGCAUGCUUACUAUGAACGAUUACCUUCCAUUGGAUUGUCACCAUUUGCUUGUGGAUGAUCUACUCAGCAAAGGAAGGUGAGCAAACUAGAGGAUUGCCGCAUCUUUGAUAGACUACU